AUGGGACUAAGGCUAAGAAAUAUUCUCCUAUCAUCGUGUUUCGCCAUUUGCCUCGCCUAUGUAAUCCACCAACAUUUGUCACAAUCAUCGGAUCCACGUGUAUAUCAUGUGACGCCACCAUCACUGGAAUUGGAUGACCGCCUAAUUUCAAACGACAAGUACAGUAAAUUGGAAAAGAUUCAUUUACAAUACUACACCGGCCCUGAAAGCUUCGCUUUUUACAAUGGCUCUCUGUACACCACUGUGAAGGAAGGUAAAAUAUUGAAAAUAAACGAUUCUGGGAUUACUGUUCAUGCAACACUCGCCUCACCAGAUUGCACUAAUUCCAAUCAGUGCAGUAGACCAUUAGGUUUGAGAAUGUUGAAGAAUUCAAGGUAUUUACUUGUGACUGAUGCAUACUUGGGUGUAUAUUCUGUAUCCCUGGAAGAUGGUGGUGUUCGGAAGUUGUUUCCUUUGAAAGAUGAUUUCAAAUUUACAUUUUUUGAUGAUUCAUUUCUCUUACCAAAUGGUAGUGUUUUUAUCACUGAAGCUAGUACAAAUUACACUAUACAAGAAUUUCGGUCAGCACUUUUGGAGGGAUUGCCUAGUGGAAGAUUGAUUAUGGCCGACACAAACACGGGUAAACACAGUGUAAUACUCGACAAUUUACGUUUUCCAAACGGAAUCGAGAUUCAUCGUGACGGUAAAUCUAUCCUAGUUGCAGAAUCAAUGAAGUUACGUAUACUACGGGUACCACUAGAUGGUGGUGAAGUUACCUUGUUCAGAGAUGGUUUACCAGGUUCACCUGAUAACAUAAGAGCCAGUCCACGUGGAGGUUACUGGGUACCUGUACAAGGUCUGCCUGAUUCACCAGUUAUGGCAUUUAUCUUCAAGAAGCUGCCAGUUUGGCCUAAUAUUCGUUAUCUUCUCUCCAAGCUCAUGUCCCUCUUCCCAAAGUUUGCUACUGAUACGUCUGGACCGUCAAUAUUACUUCGUCUAGAUGAAGAAGGAAAUAUAGCAGAGAUAUGGAAAGACCUUCAUCAUGAACUGCCUAGUGUCAGUGAGGUACUAGAAUACAAUGACACACUAUACACGGGAAGCUUCUACUUACCUUAUAUUGGUCGCUUGAAAAGACUAUCAAAUUAAUGGAUAAUAUUGUUCCCCUAGAAUACUUAGUGUUUUCGAAAGAAGAGUAUCACUUCCUUAAUAAGCCUAAAGAACCUAUUUAUAUUACUCGGUAGAUUACUCUUCAAUACUGCACUUGUGUACUACUCUCUGUGUGUGUGUUUCAAGAGUAAUCUGUACUUUCACGAAGAGCAUUUUCAUUCAGCUUAUUUUUCAAGUAAGGGAAAACGUUUGUUUUACUGUUCAAACUCUUUUUACAAUAGUUUGUUUGUAGAAUGUAAAAAGUACACCCACGGCUUUUAUGCAAACAGAUGUCUCACUGUUUAUUAACUGAUAAAAUUGUCUUGUGUGAUCAAGACUAUGUCGUUAAUUUAAUGAAUGUCGUUUAUUAAUAGGAAGAGUUUGCUUUUGCAAUUAAUAGUGUUCUCUGACCUGGUUGGUUUAGUUGCGAAGCUUCCGUCGUCCUUCUGGACAACAUCUUCAGAACAAUAUUUAGCAUAAAGUGAAAUGAUUUAAAUUUCUUCAUGAUUGGUAGAAUUGCAUCUCCCGGUAACUACCUUUACACAUGUAUUGACCAUUUUCUAUUGACUUGGAUUUUAAACUUUCUGUUCACAAAAUUUACUUUUUAUUAGUUGGUAUAUUUGGUCUAUAUGAACGUGUUUGUCAAUUGCAUAUUCGUUUGAAUACCAGGCUUCUAGGAAUUCCCUGGCACUUGUGGUGUUUCCUCUGUCUUAGAUUUUGACAUUAUCCCAAUUAAAUCGAUGUCCAUAAUUGUUUAUGUGCAUUCAUAUAAAAGAAUAUAUAUUGUCUUUUCACGGCUGAUUUGUGUCCUUGGAUUCUAAUUCGAAGGGGACGCCCACUUUGGCCGAUGUAAUGCCUGUUACAGUUCAUAAAUGCAAUUUAUUUUGUAAAUGCUAUUAAUUUUAUCUCCUUUUCUGUUGGAUCUUUCGGUUUGCAUAAUAUCGAAUCAAGCGAUUUGACUGGCUUGCGUGGUAUAUCUAUACCAAACAGUUUCAGCAUUCUAGAUAUUAGAGAUAUUUCUCAUGUAUGGUAGGAUGAAUUUUCUUGUUGUCUUUGAUGAUGGUUCCUUGUUGGUGUUGUGAUUCGAUUUUAAACACUUUUUGAUGAAAUUUUGUGGAUAACUAUUCUUUUUGAAGACCGUUUGUAGGUAUUUUUCUUUCAUUCUUUUCAACUCUGGAGUGCUGCAGUGUGUUUGAAUUCUUUUAAACAAUGUCUGCACACCAUUUCUCUUGUGAGAAAUCGGAUUAUUGCUAGUAUAGUUGAGUAUUUGAUUUGUGUGCGUUGAUUUUCUAUAUACUUGUGUUUCUUAAAUUCCUGUUUUGGUUCUCCUGAUUUAGACACCUAAAAAUGGGAUUUUGUUAUCUAAUUCUUCUUCUCUUGUGAAUUUGAUGUCUUCAAAUAUGUUGCUUAUUAUUUUUUAUGCCUAUAUUCUAAAUCAUUUCUCUUAAUUAUUACAUAUGUAUCAUCAACGAAACGUACCAAGAUUUUCUGUUUCAUUAUAGUUGGUAGAGCUAUUAAUUCUAAUCUUUGCAUAACGGCUUCAGUUAUUAAUCUUGAUAUGUGUGAUCCCAUUGGUGUUCCUUUUAUCUCUUUAUAUAUUUCAGUAUUGAAUUGGAAGUCUGUUGUAAGGCGUAAUUUUAUGAGUUCUGUCGAAGUUGAACAUUGCGUUUUUAUGUUUUCAUCACUAUAGCGUAAUUGUUGCAUAGUGUCUGUUGCUAGUUUCGGUGGCACAGUGGUUAGGAUUCUCGCCGACCAUGCACAUGGUCC